GAUUUGGCAUUUGUUGUGGAUGGUUGGGCCCUUGAAAUAAUUUUGAAACAAUAUAGAGCUGUGUUCACCGAGUUGGCAAUCCUCUCGAGAACCGCGAUCUGCUGUCGUGUGACACCUUCCCAAAAGGCUCAGCUUGUCGAGCUUCUAAAGUCAUGUGAUUACCGAACUUUGGCAAUUGGCGAUGGUGGAAAUGAUGUCAGGAUGAUACAGCAGGCUGAUAUUGGUGUUGGGAUUAGUGGACGGGAAGGCUUGCAAGCUGCAAGGGCAGCUGACUAUAGCAUCGGAAAAUUCCGGUUCCUUAAAAGGUUGAUUCUUGUUCAUGGGCGCUAUUCUUACAACCGAACAGCUUUUCUCUCACAAUACUCCUUUUACAAGUCAUUGCUGAUAUGUUUUAUACAGAUAUUUUUUUCUUUCUUUUCAGGUGUUUCUGGAACCAGCUUAUUUAAUUCCAUUAGUUUGAUGGCUUAUAACGUCUUCUACACUAGUAUACCUGUUUUAACAGUUGUCCUAGACAAGGACCUUAGUGAGAAAACAGUGAUGCAGAACCCACAGAUUUUAUUAUAUUGUCAAGCUGGAAGGCUCUUAAACCCGAGCACAUUUGCUGGAUGGUUUGGUCGUUCAUUAUAUCAUGCAUUAGUUGUUUUCUUAAUAACUGUGCAUGCAUAUGCUGAUGAGAAAAGUGAGAUGGAAGAGCUGUCAAUGGUCGCACUCUCUGGAUGUAUUUGGUUGCAGGCCUUUGUCGUGACAAUUGAGAUGAAUUCCUUCACAAUCUUGCAACACCUUGCUAUCUGGGGUAAUUUUGCGGCUUUCUAUUUCAUCAACUCUUUAGUCAGUACCAUACCAUCAGCAGGAAUGUACACCAUCAUGUUUCGCCUCUGUAGACAGCCGUCGUACUGGAUAACUGUGGUUCUUAUUGUUGCAGUAGGAAUGGGUCCAGUGCUAGCCCUCAAGUACUUCAGAUAUACAUACAGAUCAAGUGCCAUUAAUAUACUUCAGCAGGCGGAGCGAUCUCGUGGACCCAUCUUCUCAAUGGGGGGCCUUGAGUCGCAGCUCAAGUCCCUAGAGAAGGAUGUUGCUUCAUUGUCGACAUCCCAGAGUAAAUUCAGGAACAGUGUUUAUGAGCCCCUGCUAUCAGCAUCUGACCCCCCUCCAACAUCUACCAGAAGGUCCAUAGGACCUGCAACAUUUGAUUUCUUACAACCAGCGCAAUCCAGGCUGUCCUCAUCUUACUCAAGAAAUUGCAAAGAUAAUUGAUUUUUUUUUUGUCAUUUUUUCAGUACAAAGAAAUGUGAAAUUUCUAUUGUGAAAAGAACUUGAAAGAAGGAAUUUCCUAUAGAAAGUUCGAUAUGGAAUUUUUGGACUGUUGUCAAAAUGUACCUACCGUAUAUAGAAUCAAGAAUGCUUAGGCCUAACAUAAGUGUUUUAUGCUCAUUGAGAAACUCAAUGCUGAAGGACAUGCCAAAAUAAAAUGCAUAUUCCAUAA